AUGGGAUGGGCAAUAGCUUUGCACGGCGGAGCCGGCGAUAUUCCGGUCGAUUUACCAGCUGAACGCCGUGAACCUCGAGAAGCUGCCCUCCGCCGUAUACUUCAGAUCGGUGUCUCCGCUCUUAAUGCCAAAUGUUCUCCCUUAGAUGUCGUUGAACUUGUGGUAUGUGAACUGGAAAACUGUCCAGACUUCAAUGCUGGUAAAGGAUCUGUUCUAACCACCAAUGGAACAGUUGAGAUGGAAGCUUGCAUCAUGGAUGGAAUUUCAAAAAGAUGUGGUGCAGUUUCUGGUGUCACAACAGUUGUCAAUCCCAUCUCUUUAGCCAGAAAAGUCAUGGAAAAAACUCCUCAUAUUUAUCUUGCUUUUGAUGGAGCAGAGUCCUUUGCAAGAGAACAGGGGCUCAAAACUGUAGAUAGGAGUCAUUUCAUCACUCCUGAAAACAUCCAGAGAUUAAAGCAAGCAAAAGAAGCCAACAGAGUUCAACAAGACUAUACACAACCUAUUAAAACACCAGAUGAGAAGGUUCCUGACGGAUAUAGCAAACUUGGAACCGUCGGAUGUGUGGCGGUGGACGAUCUCGGCAACCUAGCCGCCGCCACUUCAACCGGCGGUCUGGUCAACAAAAUGGCGGGAAGGAUCGGAGAUACGCCCAUCAUCGGUGCAGGGACUUACGCGAAUAAGUUGUGUGCCGUUUCUGCAACCGGUAGAGGUGAAGCCAUAAUCCGGGACACGGUGGCUAGAGAUGUGGCGGCGGUUAUGGAGUAUAAAGGUUUAGGUCUGAAAGAGGCGGCGGCGUAUGUUGUACAUGAGGCUACACCGAAGGGAACCACCGGCUUGGUGGCGGUGUCUGGUGGUGGUGAAGUUGCUAUGCCUUUUAAUACGACGGGUAUGUUUAGGGCUUCGGCUACUGAAGAUGGGUUUACGGAGGUUGCGAUUUGGUGA